AGUUAACACGGUUGCUUCUUAAACCGUAACACCUGCUAGCUCACCAUAGCGAGGGCAACUGCUACAACAGGCGGCGCCGAUAACCGAUGCUGUAACGAAAAGUGAAGUCCUAACUGCUGAGAUUUCACAAAAUGUGUGUGAACCCUGUGGGGACACAGCGACCUGGGGACCAGUGUGCUGCUCAGACCCUCCAACCACCUGCAGGUCUGCACAGGUUUGCACCAUCAUGUGUGCUGAGGCUAAAGCAUGCGUGUGCGAAUGAGGCUGCCUCCCGCUCCACCUCCUCCCCAUCUCCAUCGCCGGUGUCCUGCGCUCUGCAUUCCUCCACGGAGGACUCGUCACUGGGGCAGCUUCAGCAUCAUCCCUGCGUCCGUCUCUGCAGCAUCCUUGAAAGCAUCCAUUACUCACAAGCAUCCCUGCACCUCCGAGCUGCACACACACACACACACCCUCUCUCUCUCUCUCAGAUUUCUUUCCUCCAGUCACCGUGUGUCGUACAAGCCAGCACCCAGGCGGUCUCAUCCAGGGCUAGUUCACCCCGCUGCAUCUCCCUCUUCUGCUCGCCACCACAGCAGUUCCCCUCUCGUCCUCCUCCUCACCAUCACCCACUCUCCGUAGCACCGGUCAGGAAAAAGCAGGCAAGCUGUCUCUUUUUCCUGCGAUAGUGUCUGUUGGCUGGGCAGCUGGUCUUCCGCUGUCCCUUUGGAGGAUGAUCCUGUGGAUGAAGACAGAGGAGAUGGCCGUGGGGCAGCUUCUGGAGAGACUGAGGACAGUCAUUCAAAGCAUAGAUGACAUCAUGCAGCUGGAGAGCAAUCCCUUCCGUGCUGCUGACAUCACCGCUGACCUCAAGAAGCAGUUUGCCUUCCUCUCAGGAGGUAGAGGAGAUAAUGGCAGCCCCGUCAUUGUGUUCCCAGAGUUCCCAGCGUUUGGAGAGAUCACAGACGGAGAGUUCGACAACGUGCUGACCUACCUGACCAGCGUGCCGAGACUCCCCCGGCUCAUUUCAGCAGCCUUAAAUGUCUUGGAGGCAGUAAGCGCUCUUGUCCCACUCACCCGCUCUCCUCCUCCUCCUCCUCCUCCUCCUCCACGGCUGAGUCUGUCGUCGACCGCCGUGGGUUUCAUCCUCGUCAUCGAUCGCCGGCAAGACCGAUGGGCGGCCGUCAAGGGGACCCUGCUUCGUAUCGCAGGCUCCUUCCCAGGGAACCUCCAGCUGGUUCUGGUCCUGAGGCCCACCACCCUCCUGCAGCGCACACUCUCGGACAUCCUCUUCAAGUUCAACAAGGAUGAGUUCAAGAUGAAGGUGCCGGUGAUCAUGCUGAGCUCAAUAACUGAGCUCCACUCCUACAUCGACCGCUCCCAACUGACCCUGGAACUCGGAGGAACACAGGACUACUGCCAUGAGAAGUGGAUCUCUCACCGCACUGCUAUUGAAGGCUUCGCGUUGAUGGUAAAGAAGACCGCCCAGAUCCUGCAGUCGUUUGGGACCGUGCUGGCUGAAACUGAACUCCCCAAUGAAAUCCAGGCCACGACCAUCCUGCUGAGCACGCACACCGACAAGAAAGACAAAAUGAAGGAGGAUCUGCAGGUGGCUCUGGAUCAGGGCCGCAGGCUGCUGGAGAGCAUCAACGAGCCGGUGGUGCGAGAUCCCGACCACAACAUGAACCAGGAUGAGCUGGAGAAUCUGGCCACUGUGCAGAGACUGUUGUCCCAGCUAGACGAGACGGAGAGGGCUUUCGAUGAGUUCUGGGUGAGGCAUCAAACCAAACUGGAGCAGUGUCUCCAGCUGCGCCACUUUGAGCACAACUACAGAGAGGUGAGGGCUCUGCUGGAUCAGGUGUCUGAGAAACUUGCAACCUUCUCUGAGGUGGGCAUCAGCCGGGCCCACGCUGAGCACAUCUUCUGUGAACUCACCACCUAUGAGGAGAGAGUCUGUGAGGUUCUGGACGGAGCCUCGUCGUUGGCCGGUGACGGCGACGACCUCAUCCAGAAGUCCCACUAUGCCGAGGACUCCAUUCAGCCCAAAUGCAGAGAGCUCCGAGCCGUCAGUGAGACCGUGCGCGGCAACCUGAGGGCCAAGAAGGACCAUCUCCUCAAAGCCAUGGAGCUGCACCACUGUCUGGAGAGAGCUUCUAAAUGGAGUGAUGACGGUAUCUACCUGCUGGCGUCUCAGCCAGUAGACAAGUGUCAAUCUCACGAGGGGGCGGAGUUAGCCCUGGAGGAGCUGGAGCGUCACCUGGACAACGCGGGCCAGAACCAACUGAAAGAGCUCGGUACCAUCUGGAGAGAAUAUGAGGCAGUACUCAACCCGCAGUUUAGAGACCAGGUGGAAAAGGUUUUCCAGAAGCAGGCGUCCAUGCAGGAGAUGUUUGACAAGAGGAGGGUGAGCCUGAAGAAGCUGGCAGCCAAACAGACCCGGCCGGUGCAGCCGGUGGCCCCCCGACCCGAAGCCUACAUCAAGUCCCCUCUGGGCUCGCCCGCACACAGAGCACAGCUGGAGAGGAAGAGCUCGGAGACCGACUCCGGGAACAACUGUGACAACGAAAAUGACCAACUGCAGAACGGAGACAGUAACAGCGGACAUCUCUCGGAGGAGGAGGAGAACCUCGCGGUGCUCAGGAGGCACGUUAUGAACGAGCUGCUGGAAACGGAGAGAGCCUACGUGGAAGAGCUGCUGUGCGUCCUGCAGGGAUACGCCUCCGAGAUGGAUAACGCGGCGAUGGCUCACCUCAUCCCGGCUCUGUUGCAGAACAAAAAGGAGGUUCUGUUUGGCAACAUGUCGGAAAUCUACGACUUCCACAAGAGGACGUUUCUGAGGGAGUUGGAGCAGUACACCGACUGCCCACAGUUGGUCGGGAGGUGUUUCAUAGAGAGGAUGACAGACCUGCAGAUUUAUGAGAAGUACUGUCACAACAAGCCUCGCUCCGAGAGCCUUUGGAGGCAGUGCUCGGACUGCGCCUUCAUCCAGGAGUGUCAGAAGAAGCUGGAGCAUAAACUCGGCUUGGAUUCCUACCUGCUGAAGCCCGUUCAGAGGAUUACCAAAUACCAGCUGCUCCUCAAGCAAAUGCUGAAGUACAGCAAAAACUGCGAGGGCACCGAUGACUUGCAGGAGGCACUGACCUCCAUCCUCGGCAUCCUCAAGGCUGUCAAUGACUCCAUGCACCUCAUCGCCAUUACAGGAUAUGAGGGCAACAUGAGCGACCUGGGUAAGCUGCUGAUGCAGGGCUCAUUCAGCGUGUGGACGGAGCACAAGAAAGGUCAUGCCAAGGUCAAGGAUCUGGCCCGUUUCAAGCCCAUGCAGAGGCACCUCUUCCUCCACCAGAAGGCCCUGCUCUUCUGCAAGAGAAGGGAGGAGUACGGCGAAGGCUACGAGAAGGCGCCCUCGUACAGCUUCAAGCAAUCUCUGAGCAUGAGCGCCGUCGGCAUCACCGAGAACGCAAAGGGAGACAACAAGAAGUUUGAGAUCUGGUGCAACUCCAGAGAAGAGGUCUAUAUCGUUCAGGCGCCGACGGCUGAAAUCAAAACAACCUGGUUGAAUGAGAUCAGGAAGGUUCUGACAACCCAGCUGGAGGCCUGCAGAGCCAGCCAGCAGAGGGCGCCAGAUCAGGUUUCCCAGUUCCAUCCUGGAGCAGCAAGUCCGCUCAAGUCCGGUCAGAAGAGCUUGAAGAAGGGAGAGGAGAAGAAAGCUGAGCCCUGCAGCCCUGAUGCCAACUCCUCUUCUUUACCAAAGCCAACAGCAAAAGGAUCUCACCCGAGUCCCGAGCACAAGACGAAACGCCAGAGCGACCCCACGCCGUUCGGCUUCAAAGAUGCAGGUCCGACCUCCCUCCCCCUGAGCAGGACCAGGCUCUGCACUCCUAGUCUCUUACAGACAAAGUGGAGAGGCUGGAACAAGGCCUCCCUGUGGCCCGACGCCUCCGAGGAGCACGACGACUACUCCAGUGCAGAGGACGCUCUCAAUUCUGACCCCGAGGACGACGUCCGCAAGAAGCCGCGUGCCGGUAAAUACACGGUGACGGCCGACUACGAGAAGGAAGACGCCCCGGAGGUCUCGGUGAAGAGCGGCGACGUGGUGCAGCUGGUCAAAGAGGGGGAUGACGGACAGUGGUUGGUGCGUAACCUGAGCAGCUCCAAGGAGAGCUGGAUGGCAGCCGCCGAUCUCGUCACGCUCAUCGAACAGUCCAAGUCCUGCCCAUCUCUCAGCUGCUCAGAAGGCAGUGGCUCUGGUAACCUCAGCACGUCAUCCAGCUGCAGCGAGACGGAAACGGCCUUCAAACCCUGAGCUCCUCCUCCUCCUCCUCCCCAGACUGCCCUCGUCAACGCUCGCGUCACGAUGCCGUCAUGUGCUUUAGCGCCGACGUCGGCUCCCUCGAGAACACAGAAACAUGUAUUUUAUUUCAUUUUUUAAUUUCAAAUCAUGCACACGCACCAUUAAGAUGUCGCAGUGAAGAUACAGGAUGCUGGGCGGAUGGAGCGAUCUUCCUCUCGGCACCCACAAACACACGUCUGUACAUUUGUAUUAUUAUUAUUGGAGAGCCGUGGAUCCCUGUGCUCCUGAUGUCAUAUAGAUGUACGAGUGGGCCAGCGGGACUGAUCUCAGUCGAUGCAUCUCUCCGUGUUCACAAGUGGAGGAAGAGGAGUGAUUAUUAAGAUGCCCGCUGUCUUUGUGCACUAAUUCACCCCAAACAGGAGUUUAUGAUUCUACUGUAAAUACGGCAGAGGGAGCGAGACACACGUGUACAGCUUGAAUGAAUGUCGUCCCCUCUGCUUUUCCCUUUAUUUAUUUUUAAGAAAUGAAAAAAAGCCUACAUAUAUUUAGACCCUUUUUUUGGUUUGUUAUUAUCUUCUGUUUUUAAUUUUUCUGUCUCCGUGUUGUCAUGAUGAACCUGCUCUGCCACCAGCUACCCAGUAUAAGGUUUGUCUUUUGCGGUUUUCUCUGUUGACCUCAUGGUCCUAAAACACUGAGUUUUCAUGUCCGCUAUACAGCUUAAAGAACGUCUCCCCGUGUUGAUGAUCAGAGAUCAUUGUAUAGCACUAACUUAUUCCCGGUGGAGGAUCGUGUGUUCUGAAUGUAGAUAUUGUUCAUUUGUCAUAAAAUGUUUAUUUGAGAUGCUUUAUUGUACAUUAAGUAUGGCGACGUCACUACUUUGUGACUUGCUACUUUUUCUUUUUUUACAUAAACAACUUCAAUUCA